AUGGCUACAUUGCGACCAGAACGACCGCCUGAAUUAUUUACAAUUAGGCGAAAACCUGUAUCCAACCCCAACUUGAGACAAACUGCAGUCGCGCAAUCCUCGGCGCUGGGGUAUACCGCGACCUCCACUACUCUAGUUCCUUCGCCUUCAUUGCAACCUCCGUCUUAUACCGAACUCUACGGGCCCUCAUCAAGUUUGUCUCGUCCUGUUAGCCCAAUCCCACGACCACGUACCGCUGGAGCCACAUCGUCAUCUUCAUCUCCGUCUCCAUCUCCGACCCCUGUCCAAAAGGCUUACGGUGAAGCUCGACAUUUCCUAGGCGGCUUGAUCAACCACCCAACCGAAUCCAAUAAACAUGUCACUAUACUUCGUCAUUCCCAUGGCUUAGUGUUUUACCGUGGAAAUUCUACCUCGGUCGCUGUUUCAAUAUUCUCCGAUUCCCCUUUACCUCCGGAUCGGACUUUGUGGCUGCAAAGUAAAGGGUGGACUGGCAAGACUGGAAUGCGCGCCAAGGCAAUGCUUCAUUUACGCGACAGCUGGCUUGAUGUGACCCCGGCGAUGCCAUUGCAUGCGGAUCAAGUCAAUCCUGACGAUGAACGAGCCUGGCAACGUGAUAUCAAGAAGUUCGGCAAGAAGGCCUCUGCCCGGCAACGAGAUACUCACUUGUUACGUGAAACCGCGGUAGUGCGAAUUCCUGCCGAAAGUGGUGACGGUUACUUUCAACUUGUCCUCUGCCAGGGCCCCAAGAGGAAGGUUCUAUGUAACAGUCCCGUGUUCCGUGUUCUUUCAACAUCAACGAGCCCCAGUUCUCUCCGCGGCGCAAGUCUCAGCACUUUGCCCUUGGAAGUCGGGGCAAUGGUCGCCAGUCUUUAUGCAAGAACGGCCGCUCAAACUGUAGUCGCGCCUGUCUCCUCGGCUUUAGCAUCCAAGGUCCAACCAUACCGUCCCUCGUGGCUAACCCAAACGGCCGCAAGGACCGUUUAUUCGACGAGUGGUAUCCAGGAUCGAGUUGGAGGAAUUUUCAACGGAGCUACGAAGCCCCGCCAAAGUGGAUCAGCGGGUGAAGAAGCUCAUUCAGUGACCUUUUAUGAUGGGGUGUCGCCAAUUCAACCCGGUCCUCGGCCGCCAUUUCCGAUGACCUUCAAAGCCCGUGGGCAAGUCCUCGAGUCACCACCUUGUAGCCUCGGUGAUAAUCCACGGCUCACACUUGACAAAGUACCAGAUUGGGUGCCCCAGCAACUCCGAGGCUACUUCUUUGGCUGGGCUCGGUUUGACCUUGGAACAGGCAAAGAGCCUACCAUCGGCGCCUGGUACCCAGUCGUGCUUUCCAUUCGCACCAUUGAUCCUUUACAGGCGGCUCGAGUCGAAGUAUCACAACUUGCAAAACUUGUCGUGAGAUUAAAAUUACUGGAUAAUAUUCCCCUUCAAUCAAGUAGAUUAGAAAUCCGCGUCAUGGGAUUCCUUCGGGCUGAUAUCCCACCCCCAACGGGCAAAACCAGUCAAGAACUGGCGGAUGCGCAGGCCGCCGCAGCGGAAGCUGCUAUGCUUGCAGAUGCGUACGAUGAAUCGGUUGUCCAGAACACACUGGCCAGUCCAGCCUGGGCAGCCGAGUUGGAGCCCAUAGUCGAGAUACCGCGAACAAAUAGCGAGUGGAUGGAUCGAACACGAGAUGGAUGUGCCAAUAUGCGGACUCGCGGCCAGAAAUUGGUGGAGCAAGUUCCACUACAUCGGCUCGGGGUUCGCUCGGCAACCGAUGAUAUGAGAGAAAGGCAAGUCGCGGUGAACGGCUUUUACAUUGUUCGAUGA